CGGGCGCCGCGCCGAGGCACCACCGGGCGUCGAGUUCCUGGCGGCUCGCACGCAGGUAAACAAAGGCAGCUAAAGCUGACUGCUGGUUGUGCAAAAUCCCCCUGGCUCUUCUGGCUGAAGUCCUACCACUCCCUGUACCUGGCAGCAGCCUGUCUUCUGGGCCUCACCUACACACGUCCAGGUAGGAGCCAGUCAUCUCCAUCCAUCCACAGCCAUGAAUUUCCUCCGGCGACGUCUCUCUGACAGCAGCUUCGUGGCCAAUCUGCCUAAUGGCUAUAUGACGGACCUGCAACGCCCAGAUAGCUCCACCAGCUCACCUGCUUCCCCGGCCAUGGAGAGGAGGCACCCCCAGCCCCUGGCUGCCUCCUUCUCCUCUCCAGGAUCCAGCCUUUUUAGCUCCCUCUCCAGUGCCAUGAAGCAGGCCCCUCAGGCCACCUCAGGACUGAUGGAGCCUCCAGGUCCCUCCACGCCCAUUGUUCAAAGACCCAGGAUCCUGUUGGUGAUCGAUGAUGCCCAUACAGACUGGUCAAAGUAUUUCCAUGGGAAGAAGGUGAAUGGAGAGAUUGAGAUCCGAGUGGAGCAGGCUGAAUUCUCGGAGUUGAACCUAGCAGCCUAUGUUACCGGAGGCUGCAUGGUGGACAUGCAGGUCGUGAGAAAUGGGGCCAAAGUGGUGAGAUCCUUCAAGCCAGACUUCAUCCUGGUCCGCCAGCACGCCUACAGCAUGGCCCUGGGGGAAGAUUACCGCAGCCUGGUCAUUGGCCUGCAGUAUGGAGGGCUGCCUGCUGUCAACUCUCUCUACUCCGUCUACAACUUCUGCAGCAAGCCCUGGGUGUUCUCUCAACUCAUUAAGAUCUUCCAUUCCCUGGGUCCUGAGAAGUUCCCGCUUGUGGAGCAAACAUUUUUCCCCAACCAUAAGCCAAUGGUCACAGCCCCACAUUUCCCGGUGGUGGUCAAGCUAGGACAUGCCCACGCUGGAAUGGGAAAGAUCAAAGUGGAAAACCAGCUCGACUUCCAGGACAUCACCAGCGUGGUCGCCAUGGCCAAAACCUACGCCACCACCGAGGCCUUCAUCGACUCCAAGUACGACAUCCGCGUCCAGAAAAUUGGAUCCAACUACAAGGCUUACAUGAGAACCUCCAUCUCUGGGAACUGGAAAGCCAACACAGGCUCUGCCAUGCUGGAGCAGGUGGCCAUGACAGAGAGGUACAGGCUGUGGGUGGACAGCUGCUCGGAAAUGUUUGGCGGCCUGGACAUCUGUGCCGUCAAGGCCGUCCACAGCAAGGAUGGCAGAGAUUACAUCAUCGAGGUAAUGGACAGCUCAAUGCCGCUCAUUGGAGAGCAUGUGGAAGAGGACAAACAGCUGAUGGCCGACCUUGUUGUCUCCAAAAUGAGCCAGCUCCUGAUGCCAGGAGGCACAGCGCCCUCGCCCCUGAGACCUUGGGCUCCACAGAUUAAAUCAGCAAAAUCCCCAGGGCAGGCCCAGCUCGGGCCUCAGCUAGGACAGCCCCAGCCACGUCCACCUCCACAAGGAGGCCCUCGCCAAGCUCAGUCUCCUCAGCCCCAGAGAUCUGGAAGCCCCUCCCAGCAGAGGCUCUCCCCCCAAGGCCAGCAGCCCCUGAGCCCCCAGUCCGGAUCUCCACAGCAGCAAAGGUCACCAGGCUCUCCACAGCUACCCCGGGCAUCCAGUGGCAGCUCCCCAAACCAGGCCUCCAAGCCAGGUGCCACCCUCACCUCACAGCCCCGGCCCCCUGUGCAGGGCCGUAGCACCUCCCAGCAGAGUGAAGAGUCCAAGAAGCCAGCACCACCCCAUCCACAUCUCAACAAAUCUCAGUCCCUGACUAACAGCCUCAGCACAUCCGACACCUCCCAGCGUGGGACCCCAAGUGAAGACGAGGCCAAGGCCGAAACCAUCCGCAACCUGAGGAAGUCUUUUGCCAGCCUGUUCUCUGACUAACACCAUCCAGGCUGGGAGGGGAAGAGCGCUCUGCUACACUCGUCCCCCUCCUGCCUCAUCUUCCUUCUCAGCCUUGGUUCCUGAUGGGAACAGAAUGGAGGGCCUGAGAACAUACUUUCUAAAUGCCUUUGACCCAGGAACUGAUUAUAUUUGUUCCCAUUCUCCUUGACAUUCCAGCAUUGUCUGACUGAGAGGUGGGCCUUUGAGAGCCUCCAGGUUCCUCGAAACAGACCUGAGAGAUGGGCGUCACAUCCCUCUGCCUACCCACAUACCCUGCUUCCCUGCCAGAUAACCAAGUGAGAUGUCUGCGAGUGGCUAGUUUUCACAUUCUUAUUAGUGUUUUGCUCACCUUUGGGCAAAGGCCCCCUCUAGGCCUUGCCCUACCUCCAUCAAAUGCAGACACUGUAGUCGGACCUCAGCAAUACAGGAGGCAAUAAUCUUUUAACAGUGUUUUGCAAACAAAAAAGAAGAGAAAAUCCCAGCCAGGGGAACUCGCCACCUGCCCACACUAGUUCCAUCCAUGCUCAAGACUUGCCCUUAGACCAGGCAGGCAAAGGCCCCCAUCACACUUGGCCACUAGUGGGGCCCUGAAGCCAAGAAAGAAAUGAGACCCUGUAUGACAAGUGGGGUCUUUGAGAACACGACAGAAACAGAGGGGCCCUUGUAAUGCCACUCAGACUCAGAGCAUUAUUCUUAUUUGGACAGGCAAGAGCAGAUCACAGGUUCUUGUAGGAAUAAAGACUAGUUCACAGAGGAGAAAGAGGCCCGGGACCUCCCAAGGACAGGGUCAGGUUAGGGUUCCUGUACCCAUUCUGUUACACCACUGUUUGGUCUCUCUGGCCUCCCCCCAGGAAUGCCGUUUCCUUUUUACGGAUCUGUUGGGAACCAGACAGAAGCAACAGAUCAGUGACACAGGAUCUGAAGUGCAACGGUAGUCACUUCUAGUUUGGCAUCUCACAAACUCUGUACAGAAAGGUGUUGGUAGGUUACUCAAUUUCAAAACGGGCCCCAUGGUCAAAUAUGUUUAGGAACUACUGUUUGUAUUUCUUUUUUGGAGAUGCAUUGUAUAUAAUAUAUGUCAAAGGCUUUUGGAAUUCCUGCAGGAAAGAAAUCAGCUUUGUUAAAUCCAAACUGAUUUGACUCAAUACGUUAGCUGCAGAGCUGGAAAAAGUAGGCUAACUCCCUUCCCAGUGCGCUUUCCCCUGUACCAGCCUGCCCCUCAUGCUUAGAUAGGGUUCAGGGGUGACCUAAAUCACUAAGCACCUGGUGCUAGAAACAUUGUAGGUGCCAGAAGCAGCCUCCUGGUCUCGAAGAGGGCCCAAGAUAUUAGAACAUAGCUAUGUUAGCCCCU